AUGUGCGACAGAUAUUCAGCGAAGCAAGAAAAGUGGGAGAGGGUGGAACGGCAUGAGCCAACCCUUGCUUUUGCGAGACAACGAUCAACUCGACGGCAUCGCCGACGUAUCGCAGUAGACCUCAUUUUAAUCAUGGGACUGUCGUUCCAAAAUUAUGCUUCAGCUUUUUUGCCGGCGGAUUUCUGCCAGGUACACCGAAGAGUCGGUUUAAAUAUGGCGGAGAGUGUCGAUGACAUCGGGAGACUGCAAGAGCGAGCUCGGGUCAUUUUGGAAAAAUCGAAAGCUAAGUUAGCAAACGAACCCAUAAAAUCUGAAUUGGAAGCGACUGGAAAUGCGCUCCCUUUUUUUGCAUCACAAGAUCGAGGAAAGAUGAAAAGAAACGAAGUAAUCAAAUCAAAGAAUGAUGAAGGCCUGAUUACAACGGACGGAGAAAAGAUGGCGGAGCUUUCUGAAAAGGAAGAGUGGGAAGUCCGGGGUCUAUUGGACGUUUUCGAAAGCGAAAUUAAAUCCUCGGAUGGGUUGAAAGAGCGAGAUGUUGCAGCGUCUAUCUACAAUCUGAGAAAAACCCUUCAGAACGAAGACUACAGAAGAAUUUUUGACAAGCGAAAUAGAUUCAUUGGCGAAGAUAGCUAA